CUACCUAUCUUGUUUUCUUCGUAUUCCAAAGGAACCAAGAGAGUAAGAAUUAGUAGCCAAAAAGAAAGAGAACAAAAAAUGAGAAAGGAUUAUAAUAAUGUUCAUGUCGUAAUGCUGCCAUGGGCUGCAGCAUUUGGUCACCUUAUCCCAUUUUUCAAUCUCGCCAUAACCUUAGCUCAAGUAGGUGGAAUUCAUGUCUCGUUCGUAUCAACACCCAGAAAUAUCAAAAGACUCCCUAAAGUUCUUCCAAACUUAACACACCUCGUAAAACUAGUGGAAUUUCCAAUGCCGAUUCUUGAUGACAACACUCUUUUGCCCGAAGAUGCUGAAGCAUCUGUCGACGUUCCUCCUGAAAAAAUCCAGUCUUUGAAAGCAGCUUAUGAUCUCCUCCAACAACCCAUCAAACACUUCAUCGCGGAUGAAAAGCCAGACUGGAUCAUUGCUGAUUUCGCACAACAUUGGAUAAUCGAUAUAGCUGAAACAUACGAGAUACCCAUAAUUUACAUCUGCAUUUUCGGUGCUGCAUCAACAGGUUUCUCGAUUGGUGCAACAGCAUUAGGUGAAGCACCGGAAAUUUUAACCUCACCGGUAUUUCAGAUGCUGGAUUUCCCAUCAAUUUAUUUGGCUUAUCGAAAGUACGAGUCAUUAGAGCUUAUGUCGACAUGUUACGCAGAAGAUGCCUCGGGUGAGUCAUUUGCUCAACGUGGAUCUGAAAUACUUGUUGCGUGUAGAGCUAUAGCUAUACAUAGUUGCAAAGAAUUGGAAGAAUCAUACUCAGAUCUUUUACAUAAAAUUGUCGACAAGCCUGUAUUUCCAGUUGGAUUAUUAGCAAUAUCAUCAUCAACAGCAAACUUGUUCAACAGCCAUUCAUCCGUGCAGAGCAUUUUUAAAUGGCUGGAUCAACAGAAGCCGAGGUCAAUCUUAUUCGUUGGAUUUGGAACUGAAUUUAAACCGAGUAAAGAGCAAGUCAUAUAUGAAAUAGCUUACCGGCUUGAGCUUUACGGACUACAAUUCAUAUGGAUACUCCAGAAGCCCAGAGAAGUGGCCUUCCGGCAGAGGACCACAGAAAAAGGAGUGGUGCACAUUGGAUGGGCUCCACAGCAGGAGAUUCUAAGACAUCCUUCAAUUGGGGGUACCCUGGUUCAAGGGGGGUAAGUUUGCAGCACGGUUGUUGCUCUAGCAUGUGUCUAUGAUCAGGCUUUUAAUGCGAGAUUCCUGGUGGAAAAAGGAUUGGGAAUUGAAGUGGAGAGAAAUGAAGAGGACGGGUCGUUUACUAGAAAUGAGAUAGAGAAAGCAUUGAGGUAUGCUAUGGUUUCUGAGGAAGGUGAAGAGCUGAGAGUACGAGCGAAAGAAGCUGCGGCCAUUUUUGGAGAUCAGAAGCUUCAUGACUCAUACGUUGCUAGUUUGGUUGAGUAUCUGAAGAACAAAUAGGGAAGAAAUACCUACUCAUGAUUAAAGCCAUUAGAGUACUCAUGUUCAGCUUCCAUUGAUGAUCUUCUUCCUCUUUAAAAGAU